CAACAGGCAGCUGCAUUAACUAGCGUGCGGUCGGUUGCGACACACCAUCGCCAACCAGGGUCUUCAUGUGCAUGACAAUUAUGACUCGCGUCGUGGACGGAUCCUCUCUAUAACUACGCGAAGCUACAGCUGAGCCGCGUGCCAACAUCAACAUCACCGUGUACACACCUUCCAUCACGCACCCAGCACCGACGAUGCGCGCGCCAAUCCUCACCCUCCCGCCCGAGAUCCUCAAAGAGUUCUUCCUCAACCUCCCGCACUACGGAGAUGCCAUAAUGCUCGCGAGCACGUGUCAACAUUUCCACGCCGUAUGGACAGCCAACGCUGCCGUGCUCUCUGCCGCAUUGCUUCCGACGUGCCCGAUCUUUUAUCGUGACACGCCAGAGUACAACCCGUGGUCGACAUGGGCCGUUGCUGUGCGACUGUACGAUCUACGGCAUGCAGCCGACGAGAUCCCCGCCGACCCCCUCCUCCGGCUCCGCGGCAUCCUCGAGCUCGGUUGUGACAUUUUCUACACUAGCCAAGAAAUGGCCGAGUACAUCGGGGGGCGGUGCCCGCCGUACGACAAAAAGUGGGGAGGAGGCGGGAAAAAGCUUCAUAAGUGGAGAUGGGCCAACUUCAGCGUUCCUGCGACGGCGUCGCUGUUGUACGAAUACUUCUACACGCUCGAGGUUGAGGGCGAAAAGUGUUUCCGCGACCGCCGCAUGUGGGAUGCCGCUGCGUUCUUGGAGUAUCACUGGGAGCCGUCCUGGUGCAUACCAGAGAUGGACCAGCAAACAAGGGAGUGGGUGCGCGGCGCUGGUCACAUUUUUACGGAUGCCGCUUCUACUUUGGAUAGCCUGAGUGUGGUCGUGUGCGAGCGGGUGUUUAGGAUUUGCUUUGGCGCAAAUAAAUAGUUUUUUGAUUAGUACAUACGAUUGAUAAUCGCUG